GGAAAUGUCAACUUCCCCAGAACCUAAGGGCCUUGUCCCCUUCACCAGAGAGUCUUUUGAGCUUAUAAAACAGCGUAUUGCUAAAAAACACAAUGAGGAACCUGACGAAGAAGAUUUAAAGCCAAACAUUGACUUGGAAGUUGGCAAAGAGCUUCCAAUUAUUUAUGGAAAACUUUCUCGAGGAAUGGUGUCAGAGCCCUUGGAAGAUGUGGACCCAUACUACUACAAGAAAAAAAAUACUUUCAUGGUAUUAAAUAACAACAGAACAAUCUUCAGAUUCAACGCCACCUCCAUCUUGUGUACAUUGUCUCCUUUCAGUCCUAUUAGAGGAACAACUAUCAAGGUUUUGGUACAUCCCUAUUUUCGACUGUUAAUUUUAAUUAGUGUCCUGACUGAUUGCAUGUUUAUGACAAUGAAUAAUUUGCCAAAAUGGGGACCAGCAGUAGAGAAUACUUUGCUUGGAAUUUACACAUUUGAAAUACUUGUAAAACUCUUUGCAAGAGGCAUCUGGUCAGGAUCUUUUUCUUUCCUUGCUGAUCCAUGGAACUGGCUUGAUUUCAGUGUAACUUUCUUUGAGCUUAUAACAAGAUAUUCACCUCUAAACUACAUGCUAAGGCUUCAAACUGCAAGAACUUUGAGAAUUUUGAAAAUUAUUCCUUUAAACCAAGGUCUGAAGUCUCUUGUAGGGGUCCUGAUCCAUUGCUUGAAGAAACUUACUGGUGUCAUUAUCCUAACUCUGGUUUUUCUGAGUGUAUUUUCUGCAACUGGAAUGGGGCUCUUCAUGGGAAACCUGAAGCACAAAUGUUUGAGAUGGCCCCAAGAAAAUGAAAAUGAAACUCUGCACAACAGAACUGGAAACCCAUAUUAUAUUCGAGAAACAGAAAGUUUUUACUAUUUGGAAAGAGAAAGAGAUGCUCUCCUUUGUGGCAAUAGAACAGAUGCUAGUCAGUGUCCUGAGGGAUAUGUGUGUGUAAAAGCUGGCAGAAAUCCUAAUUACGGCUUCACAAAUUUUGACAAUUUUGGCUGGGCCUUAUUGGCCCUAUUUCGUUUAAUGACUCAGGAUUACCCCGAAGCACUUUAUCACCAGAUCCUGUAUGCUUCUGGAAAGGUCUACAUGAUAUUUUUUGUUGUGGUGAGUUUUUGGUUUGCUUUUUAUAUGGCAAGUUUGUUCUUGAGCAUACUUGCUAUGGCCUAUGAAGAAGAAAAGGAGACAGCUGCUGAAAAAGCUAAGAAGAUUGAACCAAACUUUAAACAGACUAUAAAAGAACUUCAGAAUGAAGCAACUGAGACCAAGACUACACAAAUAGAAAUGAAGAAUAGAUCACCAGCUGCCAUGAACACAUCUUUGGAUAUAUUGGAAGAUGCUACUCUCAGACAUAAAGAAGAACUUAAAGAAUGUAGGAAGAAAUGCCCAUUGUGUUGGUAUAAGUUUGCUAAAACUUUCUUGAUCUGGAAUUGUUCUCCCUGUUGGCUAAAAUUGAAAGAGUUUGUCCAUAGGGUUGUAAUGGACCCAUUUACUGAUCUUUUCCUUAUCAUAUGCAUAAUUUUAAACAUACAUUUUUUGGCCAUCGAACAUUAUCCAAUGAGUGAAGAAACCAACAAUCUACUCAGCAUUGGAAACCUGGUUUUUAUUGGAAUUUUUACAGCAGAAAUGAUUUUAAAAAUAAUUGUCAUGCAUCCAUAUGGGUAUUUCCAAGUAGGUUGGAACAUUUUUGAUAGCAUAAUUGUGUUCCUUGGUUUAGCAGAACUUUGUCUAGUGCAUAUUGAAGGAGUAGCUGCGUUUCGAUUGUUCAGGAUGUUGCGAAUUUUCAAAUUGGGGAAAUAUUGGCCAACAUUUCAGAUUCUGAUGCUGACUCUUAGUAACUCAUUGGUGGCCCUGAAAGACUUGGUCCUGCUGUUGUUCACCUUCAUCUUCUUUUCUGCUGUGUUUGGGAUGAAGUUGUUUGGUCUGAAUUACAAAAAACAUGUCUGCCGCAUAGAUAAAGACUGUCAACUCCCACACUGGCACAUGCAUGACUUCUUCCACUCCUACCUGACUGUGUUUCGAAUUCUAUGUGGAGAGUGGAUAGAGACCUUAUGGGACUGCAUGGAGGUAGCAAACAAAUCCUGGUGUAUUUCUUUUUACAUGAUGGUCAUUUUAAUUGGAAACUUAUUGAUACUUUACCUGUUUCUGGCAUUGGUGAGCUCAUUUAGUUCAUACAAGGCUGCACCAGCUGAAGAGAACAGUGAGGCAGAAAAUCCCCAGCUUGCAAUGGCAAAGAUUAAGAAAGGAAUAAACUAUGUGCUUCGUAAAAUAUUAUCCGUAAAAAAACAAAGUAUUUCAAAGGAGACAAUGGACCAUGUAAAUAAUAUGUAUGUAAAAGAGAAUGUCUCUGACCACACCCUUUCUGAAUUGAGCAACACCCAAGAUUUCCUCAAGGAUAAGGAAAAAAGCAGUGGCACAGAGAAAAACACAACUGAAAAUGAGAACCAAUCACUUAUUCCCAGUCCUAGUGUCUCAGAAACUGUACCAAUUGCUUCAGGAGAAUCUGAUAUAGAAAAUCUGGAUAAUAAGGAGAUCCAGAGCAAGUCAGGUGAUGGAAGCAGCAAAGAGAAGAUAAAGCAGUCUAGCUCAUCUGAAUGCAGCACAGUUGAUAUUGCUAUCUCUGAUGAAGAAGAAAUGGUCUAUGAACAUGAAAAGCCAAGACAUCUUAAAAACAGUUAUGGACGGAGAUCUUCACCUGGUCAAAUCAGUAGAGACUCCAAGAGAGGAAAAAUUUGGCAGAACAUAAGGAAAACCUGCUGCAAGAUAGUUGAGAACAGUUGGUUUAAGUGUUUUAUUGGCCUUGUCACUCUGCUCAGCACAGGUGCUCUGGCUUUUGAAGAUAUAUAUAUUGAUCAGAAAAAGACUAUUAAAAUCUUAUUAGAAUAUGCUGACAUGAUCUUCACUUACAUCUUCAUUCUGGAAAUGCUUCUAAAGUGGAUGGCAUAUGGUUUUAAAGCCUAUUUUACUAAUGGGUGGUACAAGCUGGACUUCAUGGUUGUUACUGUGUUUUGUCUUAGCUUAAUAGGCAAAACUCGGGAAGAACUAAAACCACUUACUUCUAUUAAGUUCCUUCGGGCACUCAGAGUUCUAUCUCAAUUUGAAAGAAUGAAGGUGGUUGUGAGAGCUUUGAUUAAAACAACUUUACCCACUUUGAAUGUGUUUCUGGUGUGCCUUCUGAUCUGGCUAAUUUUUAGUAUCCUGGGAGUACACUUAUUUGCUGGUACAUUCUAUGAAUGCAUUGACCCAACAAGUGGAGAAAGGUUUCCUAUAUAUGAAGUCAUGAAUAAGAGUCAGUGUGAAAGCCUUGUGUUUAAUGAAUCCAUGCCAUGGGAGAAUGCAAAACUAAACUUUGAUAAUGUUGGAAAUGGCUUCCUUGCACUGCUUCAAGUGGCAACAUUUAAUGGAUGGAUCACUAUUAUGAACUCAGCAGUUGAUUCUAUUAAUGUAAAUGUGCAGCCUAAUUUUGAAGACAACAUCUAUAUGUAUUGCUACUUUAUCAACUUUAUUAUCUUUGGAUUAUUUCUCCCUCUGAGCAUGCUGAUUGGUGUUAUUAUUGCCAAUUUCAACAAGCAUAAAAUAAAGCAGGGAGGCUCAAAUAUCUUUAUAACAGUAAAACAGAAGAAACAAUAUCGUUGGCUGAAGAAGCUGAUGUGUGAGGGUUCUGAAAGACCAAUACCUCGCCCAGGAAACAAGUUCCAAGGGUUUAUUUUUGGCUUGGUAACAAAUCAAGUUUUUAAUCUUGUCAUUGUGGUUCUUAUCUGUUUCCAAGUAAUAACUAUUAUGAUACAAAGUGAUGAACAGAGUCCACAAAUGGAAACUGCUCUCUACUGGGUUAAUUCAAUUUUUGUUAUACUGUAUACUACUGAAUGUGUAAUGAAGCUCGUCUCUUUCCGUUGUUACUAUUUCACUGUUGGAUGGAACAUUUUUGAUUUUAUGGUGGUCAUUUUCUCUAUUACAGGACUGUUGCUGCCUAUGACAAUAGGAUACUAUCUUGUGCCUCCUUUACUUGUGCAACUGAUACUUCUCACACGGAUAAUCCACAUCCUGCGUCUUGGGAAAGGUCCAAAGGUGUUCCAUAAUCUGAUGCUUCCUUUGAUGCUGUCCCUCCCAGCAUUGUUGAACAUCAGUCUUCUCAUCUUCCUGGUCAUGUUCAUCUACGCCAUCUUUGGAAUGUAUAACUUUGCCUAUGUUAAAAAGGAAGCUGGAAUUAAUGAUGUGUCCAACUUUGAAACCUUUGGCAGCAGUAUGAUCUGCCUUUUCCAAGUUACAACAUUUGCUGGUUGGGACGGCAUGCUCAAUGCAAUUUUCAAUAGUAAAUGGUCUGACUGUGAUCCUGAUAAAAUUAACCCUGGAACUCAGGUUAGAGGAGAUUGUGGUAACCCCUCUGUUGGGAUUUUUUACUUUGUCAGUUACAUCCUCAUAUCAUGGCUGAUCAUUGUAAAUAUGUAUAUUGUUGUUGUCAUGGAGUUCUUAAAUAUUUCUUCUAAGAAAAAAGCCAAGACCUUGAGUGAAGACGAUUUUAGGAAAUUCUUUCAGGUGUGGACGACAUUUGAUCCUGACAGGACUCAGUACAUAGACUCAAGCAAGCUUUCAGAUUUUGCAGCUGCUCUUGAUCCUCCUCUUUUCAUGGCAAAACCAAACAAGGGCCAGCUCCUUGCUUUGGAUCUUCCCAUGGCUGUUGGGGACAGAAUUCAUUGUCUUGACAUCUUACUUGCUUUCACAAAGAGAGUUAUGGGUAAAGAUGUGAGGAUGGAGAAAGUCCUUUCAGAGAUAGAAUCAGGGUUUACGUUAGCCAACCCUUUCAAGAUCACAUAUGAGCCGAUUACAACUACUCUGAAACGCAAACAAGAGGCGGUUUCAGCAACCAUCAUUCAGCGUGCUUAUAAAAGUUACCGCUUAAGGCAAAAUGACAAAAAUACAUCAGAUAUUAACAUGAUAGGUGGUGAAAGAGAUGUUCAAACUACUAAAGAACAUGUCUAUUUUGACAAAGCUAAGGAAAUGUCAACUAUGCAGGGCCAGAUCUAAUUCCACUUACCACCUUUUACCUUCUUUAUAUCCCAAACUAGUUAAAAGUUUAAAUCAGAAAUAAAAGAUCAGAGAAAGUACAGAUUAUGAUCAAUUGUUUACAAGCCAUGGAAGUUAAGCUUGUAUUUACAAGACUCCUUGCCAGAUUCACUUUUUACCCCUGUAUGUUCAGUCUAACCAAUUUAUCAGGAAAAACAACCCCGUAAUAUUGCUGUAGUGAGUUAAAGUGGGUUAAAUUUGCCAUUUGACAAUCCAGGGUUUGUUUUCUCUAAAUGGCUUAUAUGGUGUGUGCCUCUCCUGGAGGAUGGGGGGAGGGGAGAUGGUGGUAGAGAUUAGCAGCUAAAAGGGCUUCCUUGUGUAUUGUUUGUCUAAUUUGAUGGGCUUCAAGUCACCACUAUUGGGACUUAGUUACAAAUAAACCAGUGCUUUCUUAAUGUGGUAUAGUGUUUAAAAAAUAGUAAAAUGCUACAGACCAUUAAAUCACAAACUUGCCUAGACAAGUGCCAAUUGGGGGAGGGGAGAGGGAAGUUCUUUAGAAAGUGCCUUUGAGAUCAAUCACAGACACUUUCAGGCUCAUUAAAAACACACAUUUGAACAAGAUUGGUUGAAGCCCGGUUUUUGUUUUUGUCUGUUCUUUUUUUUGGCACUGGAAAUUAAUGUCACAUUGCUCUUGGACUCCCGGUUUCUCAUCUCUUUAACUAGUUCUACCUAAGCUCCAGCUCUUCAGCAGGAUGGAUUUGUAGAACAAGAAGCAUAAAGGAAACUAGAGUUAUUGCCUAUAUUUCCCUCAUUUUCUUCCUAUUUACACAUUUCUAAAAAGUAUUUAUUACAUUUACUAAAAUGACAUAACAGAUAAUAUGUUAAUAGACUGAAGCUUUACCCUAUCAUAAAACUAAUGUAUCUCCACCAUUUAUCUGUUAUGUAACAUUGAGUGUGUAAGAUCUGGCAAAUGCAUGUCAUAAUAUAAAUUAGAAGAGUGGAGAGCAACCAUUAUGUCUAGAGAUGCUCACUGUGUCUUGACCUUUAAUUGGGAAACUGUGGCUACUUUAAAGUACUUUUCACUGUAUUUUAGGCUUCUUUAUAACCUAGAGAAAAAAAAUGAUCAUUCAAACUAUGAGGACUGUGAAUUUGGAGAUAAAAGUGUAAGUUUGUUGUUGUUUUAUAACAUUAGUGUAUGCAAGUUAGUUUUCACUUACUUAUCUUUCCAAGAUUUUUUGUUUUCAUCUCAUCAUACACAUAAUUACUUUGUAAAAUGUCAUAUUUGAAAAAUGUUAAAAUCUUAAAUAUUAGUUUUCAUUACUGAAAUCAUUUUUGAAAGAUAGGCACAAAUAAUUGUUUUUCAAAUGAUUUAUAAAGAUGCAGUCCUUUACAUCCAUGUAGUUUGAGAUUCUCUUUGUUCCAUUUGUAUGAAGAUUUACUUCAGUGUGCCUAUGAAUUCCUAAAGAAUUCAAAAAGAUAAUCUGUAUACUGUUGACAAAAAAUAAGCUUUAAAUAUGUUGUAUGACAUUCAAUAUUAUUUACAUACCAGUAAUUGUAUUUUAUUAUGAAUGCACAGUCUUGAGCCUUAACUAUUAUAGUCUAUUUCUGCUCCUAAGAAAUUUAAUAACAUUACCAAGAUGCCUUUGAGGGAUCCCCUAAGUAAAUGUAAUUUUGGGGUUCUGGUUUUUUCUAUGUGUUCCUUCCCAUGCUCCUCCAGUUCUCCAUCAUGUGAUGGGGACCAGGGAGGAAGCCGUGUUAACUUGGUGACAUGGUGACAGCUGGUGCUUUAUCUAAGCUUCUCAGUUUUCUAUUUCUUGGGAAUGCUUUAAUGUAUAAACUGCUUCACAUAUUUAAACUGAGUCAUAACUUGCUUCUGUAAAUUCCAUAAAGACCACAAACUGAUUUUAGUUUGAAAAUCAUAGCUUUUACUUAUAAACUGUGUUUGCCAGUUACCUUCCAAAAACGCUAUAAAGAAUUAUUUUUAACAAAAACAUACAAUGUAUUCUACUUUUUAGAUUCUAUAGAAAAUAAUAAAAACAGCCUGUUAACCACA